GCCCCCUCAGGUUCCGCUCUCCUCGCCUUCUGAAAACCCGGCGGAGGCCCCGCCCCCGGAGGAGGCCCCGCCCCGUGCCCAUCCGCGCCUGUGGCUCCCUGCUGAUCUCUCCCGAGUCCGGCGGCCCGGGGUGUCGGCUUUCCGCCGCGGGCGGCCGGCGCUGCGCUCUCUAGCCCCCCCCCUCGGCCCCUCCCUCGAUCGCUGUGGUCGGGUAGCUCCUGGCGGGCGGCCUGCGGGCGGGCCGCCCUCUCAGCCGUAGCCCACCCCCUCUUAAAGCCGCGGCGGGAAGAUGAGGUUUCGGGAACCGCUCCUGGGCGGCAGCGCCGCGAUGCCGGGCGCGACCCUCCAGCGGGCCUGCCUCCUGCUCGUGGCCGUCUGCGCGCUGCACCUCGGCGUCACCCUGGUCUAUUACCUCUCGGGCCGCGACCUGAGCCGCCUGCCCCAGCUAGUGGGAGUUUCCUCUCCACUUCAGGGCGGCACGAGCGGCGCCGCCGCCAGCAAGCAGCCCUCGGGAGAGCUCCGGCCUCGGGGCGCGCGACCGCCGCCUCCUUUAGGAGUCUCCUCGAAGCCUCGGCCGGGUCCCGACACCAGCCCCGGUGUGGCUUUUGACCCCGGCCUGAAGAGCAACUUGACUUCGGUCCCAGUGCCCCCUACCACCGCGCUGUUGUCGCUACCCGCUUGCCCGGAGGAGUCCCCGCUGCUCGUUGGCCCCAUGGCGAUUGAAUUUAAUAUUAUUGUGGAUCUGGAGCUUUUGGCAAAGAAGAACCCAGAGAUAAAGAUGGGCGGUCGUUACUCCCCCAAGGACUGUAUUUCUCCUCACAAGGUGGCCAUCAUCAUCCCAUUCCGCAACCGGCAGGAGCACCUCAAAUACUGGCUGUAUUAUUUGCACCCGGUCCUACAGCGCCAGCAACUGGACUAUGGCAUCUACGUCAUCAACCAGUACCAACAUCAGGGGCUUGCCUUCCACCUGUUGGGACUUCUGUGGGGCCAGAAGAUAACAAAUAGUGGUGUGAGUCAGCCGGCAGACUCAGGAGACUCAGGGACCGGGCCGUAUAAACGUCUUCAGUGGAAGGUUGUAUCUUGAGUCCCACACACAGAAAUGAACUCCCACUCGUUUUUAUGGUUUAUAGUUGUUCUCUCUGUAGGAAGCUGUUGACCUUGUUCAGUGUAGGCUCCCCAGCCACUGUGAAACUUAAAGCUCAAAGUAAGUGUGCCAGAGGGUGGGGAUGGGGGGCUUCCCAGUUGUUGCAGAGGAGCAAGUCUGGCUUUUGUCCUUUGGGUUUCUGUUUCUCUUCUUGCCAUAACAUAUGUGGGUCCUGUUAGAGUCCCUGCACAUCCUACUUAGUGCCAUGUCCCACUCUGAGACACGAUAUCCAGCCAAGUUCAGCACUGGGACGGACCUUGACUUGGAAAUGAAUGUCAAGGUAUCAUACAGUAAAUAGGGAUGCAUUCUGUCUCUCA